CAAUAGUUCUGGUUAAAAGGCAUAGAAUAGAAGGGACUCUCAAUCACCUUGUACACAUCGUUAUCUUCUCCCCCACAGGAAAAAAAGCCCAGUGGCAGUAACCAAUUAACCAAAAGAAACGGGCUUGCCACCGAAUUAAGUGGUGGACUAGCUUGUAAAAGGCAUUUUUGGAGUGAAAGGGAGAAGAGAUAAUGGUGGCACACGUGGGACUCAUCUCUCUCACCUCAUGCUUCUCUCCUCUCUCUCGUCUUCCUCGCCUCUCCUCCACCAAGCACAAACCAUUUGCCAUGGCUGCGAUGAAUGAAGAUCCAGUCCGUCAGUGGAUUCUGUCAGAAGGAAAGGCAACUAAGAUAACAAAUAUCAGUCCCGUAGGCGGUGGUUGCAUUAAUCUUGCUAAUUGUUAUGACACUGAUGCAGGUUCUUUCUUUGUGAAAACAAACAGGAGUAUUGGACCUUCAAUGUUUGAGGGAGAGGCUCUUGGUUUAGGUGCUAUGUAUGAAACCGGAUCAAUCCGUGUGCCUAAGCCAUUUAAGGUUGGACCCCUUCCUACGGGUGGUUCCUACAUUAUCAUGGAAUUCAUUGAAUUUGGUUCUUCCAGAGGAAAUCAGUCUGUUCUAGGGAGAAAACUUGCUGAAAUGCAUAAAGCUGGAAAAUCUGAGAAAGGCUUUGGUUUUGAUGUUAAUAACACCAUUGGCAGUACUCCACAAAUGAACACUUGGUCAUCAGAUUGGAUUCGGUUUUAUGGGGAGCAUAGAUUGGGUUACCAGUUGAAGUUGGCACUAGACCAGUAUGGUGAUAGUACCAUUUAUGAAAAAGGACAAAGACUGGUGAAGAGUCUGGGACCUCUCUUUGACAAUGUGGUGAUAGAGCCAUGCUUGCUACAUGGAGACCUGUGGAGUGGAAAUAUCAGCUCUGAUAAAAAUGGCGAGCCUGUUAUACUUGACCCAGCAUGUUACUAUGGACAUAAUGAGGCAGAGUUUGGAAUGUCGUGGUGUGCUGGAUUUGGAGGAGCAUUCUAUAAUGCUUAUUUUGAGGUGAUGCCCAAACAGCCAGGCUUUGAGAAGAGGAGAGAUCUUUAUAUGUUGUAUCAUUAUUUGAAUCAUUACAAUCUCUUUGGUUCUGGCUACCGGUCAUCUGCCAUGUCUAUAAUUGAUGACUAUCUAAGAAUGUUAAAUGCUUAGCAUUUGGUCUAAAAUGAUUAUCAUGUUUAUACACAACAAAGUUAACUCUGCCUGUAUAUUUUGCUGCUUUGGCCUCAGUAGUUUUUUUCA